AUGUUGGGAUCCGGCGAUGGAGGUAAUAUUAUCAAAUUGCGUGGGUUACCAUUCUCCACUACAAUCGAAGAUGUUUUGGAUUUUUUAACUGAUGUCAACGUGUUGAACGGAAAAGAAGGUGUACAUUUGACUGAGGUACGACCUGGCCGUCCAUCUGGUGAGUGUUUUGUUGAAGUGGAGAGCCAACAAGAUGUUGAGGAAGCUUUGAAGAAAGAUAAAGAAAAUAUGGGCAAGAGAUACAUAGAAGUGUUUUCCACUGAUCGGCAAGAUAUGGAAUGGGCACUGAAUGCAAUGAAACAAAGUGAAAAUGGAUUUGAUACACUUCCUAUUGUCAAUGAUGACAUGGGUGUUGUUAAGCUGAGAGGGUUACCCUUUGGCUGCUCAAAAGAUGAAGUUAUACAGUUUUUUAACGGGAUCCAAGUGGCCCCGGAGGGGGUGCACUUACUAUCGGACAACACGGGGCGGGCCUCGGGCGAGGCGUAUGUUUACUUCGUUGACAAACAGGGUGCUCAAGAUGCCCUCAGCAGGGACAGGGAGAAAAUAGGACACAGGUACAUAGAAGUGUUUCUGAGUUCGCCUGACGAAGUGAGGGCUUACGCAGCGCGAAUCGAUAAUGGAAUGCGAUCCAGCCGUGGGUACAGACCGACACCGUAUGAUAGGAACGAGCGAUUUGGUGGGCGCUUUGCUUCGAGGGGAAGAACGGCUUUUGGGAGAGGCGGUAGUGGUGGAUAUGGUGCGGCCAGAAGUGGGUUGAGACGCAGCAGUGGACUCCACUGCGUGCACAUGCGAGGGUUACCCUUUAAGGCUUCACCACAGGAUAUCGCUUAUUUCUUCAAACCAAUCCGUCCGGUCAACAUCACGAUACUCUACGACAGCAGCGGGCGGCCUUCAGGCGAAGCUGAUGUGGAAUUUGAAUGUCAUGAUGACGCUAUGAGGGCAAUGAGGCGAGACAAAAACAACAUGGACCACAGAUACAUAGAAUUGUUUCUGAACUCGUCACCAGGUAGCGGCGGAGGCGCUUUUAAAUCUAACCGGAGCUUCCGGAACUAUUGA